AUGGGCUUGUCCAAAAGGUACCUGGAGCUGUUGUCACGCCGGCCCACGUGGUCGACAGCUGCUUUCCGCUGCACCGGACAGAAAAGCAGGAGCAUUACAACCGGCAGAUUGGCUAGCUUGCCGCGUACACCUCUAUUCGAAGCAAUCAAGUCGCACGAUCCAGAGAGCUCGGCCGUGAUCCACUCCUUGUCAGGUCGUCAAUUCAGCUAUGGCUCGCUUCUGAAAGACGUCGCAAUUGCCAAACAACGACUUGCCAACGAUGCCGGUAGAGAUGCUGGAGCGUUGCAAGGCGAGCGCAUAGCUUUUUUGGUAGAGAACAGCUAUGACUAUGUAGUGACGCUACUCGCCAUCCUAGGUACCAAUGCCAUUGCCGUACCACUCUCGCCUGCCUUUCCGUCUGGAGAGUUGAGAUAUAUCCUGGAUCAGAGUGGUGCACUCGUGCUGGCGACAUCCUCCAAAUUUGCGACCAAGGCCGACGAUGUCCUGAACGGCGAGCUGGACAAGAAGCCCAUCCUUUCGCGCCGGGAAAAGAUUGUCCAAGGCAGUAAAUCCAAGGAAGACGUCGUGCUUGAGGAAAUGGAAGAGGACAAGGGCGGCAUGAUGUUGUACACCAGCGGCACGACCAACAGACCUAAAGGAGUACUGCUCCCACAAUAUACUCUCAUGGCCCAGGCAAAAUCCCUCUCUGAAGCAUGGCACUACUCACCUACCGAUCACUUCCUCCACGUCCUGCCUCUCCACCACAUCCAUGGCACAGUCAAUGCACUCCUGACCCCACUGCUUGCCGGCAGCACCAUCGAAUUCCUCUUUCCCUUCACCGUUGACUCGGUCUGGUCGCGUCUUGCCGCCCCGUUCCUCUCGACCUCGUCCGGGCAGACGAAAAAGCCCAUCACGUUCUUUACUGUCGUACCCACAAUAUACAACAGACUACUUCAGUCACACAGCACUCUCAGUCCGGAUAUGCAGAGCGCGACGAAAGAAGCUCUUCACCCGAAAAACAUGCGCCUGAACAUCAGUGGCUCGGCAGCUCUACCUACUCCUAUGAAACAAGCCUGGACAGAUUUGAGCAACGGAAACGUACUCCUCGAACGCUACGGUAUGACGGAAGUAGGCAUGGCUCUUUCAUGCGGUCUUGCAAACGAGGACCGCGUAGACGGAAGCGUGGGCUGGCCACUUCCAUCUGUCGAGGCUCGCCUGGUCGACCUCGACACAAAGACUGUCAUCGAGCCUGGCGAGGAGCUCGACUCUAGUGGUAAGGAACGCAGUGGCGAGAUCCAAUUGCGUGGUCCCACCAUCUUCAAAGAGUACUGGAACAACCCAACAGCCACAGCAAAGGAGUUCACGGAAGACGGCUACUUCAAGACUGGUGAUGUAGCCGUACGAAGGAACGUCCCUUCUGCAGGCAAAGGCGCUUCGGGGGAAUGGGCGCAAGGACCAAUGUACUCCAUUCUCGGCCGUCUCUCAGCCGACAUAAUCAAAGUUGGCGGAGAGAAAGUGUCGGCCCUGGAGGUGGAAAGAGAGAUGUUGUCCAUUCCUGCCAUCUCCGAAUGUGCUGUAGUAGGCUUGUCUUCCGAGACAUGGGGUCAAAAAGUCGCUGCAGUGGUCGUGUUGAGUGAAGCGGGCAAGACUGCUGGAAAAAACGGAAAGCCUUUUGGUGCUAUGGAUCUGAGAAGAGGCUUGAAGAACAAGAUGGCCGCGUUCAAGAUUCCUCAGGAAUUGAGAGUGGUCGAGAGUAUUCCUAGGAAUGCCAUGGGCAAGAUCAACAAGAAGCAGUUGGUCAUUCAAGUCUUCGGACCUCAACAGUAG